AUGCCCAUCAUGUGGACUCCGACAACGGUUGGGCGCGAGAUCUUGUUCGCCAUCGUCCUUUUCUUUGCAACUUCGGUUAUUGCGAUGGAUAUCCUGAUCAACUGGCGAGAGAUGUCCUUUCAGAGCCAGAACAUUCCGCUCAAUAGCACUGACUACCGGAUCUACUUUGCCCAGAGUUUCAAGGCACGCAACCGGAUGGCAUCUCGCGCACACAUAUAUUCAGGCGCCUUCCUCUGCAUGUACGCCGAUAUCUCGAAAGCCGGCCGCCUUCCUGCCUACGUUCCCAAGCUUAUCAAAGCCACGGCGGCCCUCUGCAUUUGUACCUUCUUGGCUGUGCUCAUGGUUGCUGUUCUGUGGUGUCGACCAUUGUCCAGGAAUUGGAGCUUGGACGAGGACGAAUACUGCAGCAUCCAGACGAGCAAGUUCGGACUGCUAUGGGUCAGCAUCCUGCACCUACUUUCCGAAACGAUGGUCCUCGCAAUCCCAGUCAUCAUCUUCAGCUACAUACCCAUGCACGGCGGCGAGCGUAAAGCCUUCGUCUUCGUCUUCGCUCUCGGGAUGUGCACAGUGGGCGCCGGAAUCGCCGGGAGUGCCCUCCGGAUCGAUUCCCAAAUCACCAACAUAAAGCGGGACCCGACGGAGCCAGACGAUAUCGCCUUUAUCCUCGAGGUGCGCACCCGGGUCGCUCGGGUUCAGCUGGCGUACGUGGCCGAGAUCUGCUGUGCCACCCUGGUGCUUGUCAUGCCGUUCCUGCGAGUUCUGGUUCGAGGGUGGAGUCGGAAUGGGAAUGGAGGGAGGAGUCUCGUUACGGAAUACCCUUUGCAACAGCAGCAGGGAAGGCUCGGCAGCUGCUCACUCGAACGACAGCAGUUGGGAAUCAUUCCGCCGACCAGGAGACAGUCGUUCGACUCGUAUGUUUCGUUGCCUGCGAGCAAGGCCGGUGCUGAGGAGGGAGGCCGCUCGUCACCGUCCCGUCUGACUCCGUCUGCACUGUCAAAUCGGGAAUCGUUCAUGGAGCUUCCAGUAGUCGUACGGGCAGCCUGGUGGCCUCAGUCAAAACCUGGGGAGACCAAUCUCUCUGCAGGCUGAGCGACACAGUGUUGCCUUCCGGACAGACUUUGUGGCCUGGAGCCACAACGCAUCGCGGGGCGACGCCGAAAGUUGUCGUAGCCAGCUCGAACAAAGUUUCCAGGGAACGAAUUGUCAUGGGCUUCCGACGAUUGCAUCGAACCACAUGGAGCGACUCAGUAGGCUAGUCCACGCAAUCUCACUCGUGGCUUGGGCCGCGAGUGACUCGGGAAUUUGAG